AUGGACUGGCUGACUCGGAUGACGACCUGAACUUCUCGUUCUCGAACAAACUGGAUCUCUCAAAUCUCAACGAAAGCAAGCUGCCCAAUAAAGAACUGUUUAACCUGUCGUCACCAAAACGAGUCGAAGAGAAAGUGUACAGGAUGGAAUUCAACUACGAUAACACCGGCAGGAGGGCUAGCAGCGCAGCCGAG